CCUUCCGAAGCCUCCCGACGACACGAACCAGUCUCUCAACUUCUUCAAGACGAUGGCUCGAAAGAUUUGUCUUCUCUUUGUCUUAUUCUUCUCCUUCACCGUCCUGCAUGCGCUCGCCGCCAGGAUUCCGGUGGUCCAAGCGUCGCAGCCGCAGGCCUCCUUCGGCGAGAACUCCACGGAGUUUAUCCGGGCGCGGUGCGGCGCCACUCGGUACCCCAGCCUCUGCUACAGGUCGCUCGCCGGCUACUCCUUCGCCGUCCAGCAGAGCCCCAUCCAGCUCGCCCGAUUCGCCACCAACCUCACGCUCGCCCGCGUCGCCUCCCUCUCCGCCCACGUCACCUCUCUCCGACGCGCCUGCGGUACUGCCAAGUCCGCCUCUGCCUGCCCGGAGGCGGGGGCGCUACGUGACUGCGCGGACUCACUGGGCGACGCGGUUGACCUGGCGCGGCGGACUGCGGGGGAGCUGUGCGGCCUGGAGGCGGAGGCGGCGGGGUCCGCGGCGGCGGUGUGGCGGAUGUCCAACGCCCAGACGUGGAUGAGCGCCGCGCUCACGAACGAGGACACAUGCGUCGAUGGCUUCGAGGAGGUGGGACCCGAGAGCCGGGCGAAGGCCGACGUCUGCCGCCGAGUGUGGCUCGUGAAACAGUACACGAGCAACGCUCUCGCCCUCGUCAACGGUAUCGUCGCCAGCCGAUGACCAUGCGUAGAUCUCUCUCUCUCUCUUUCGUUCCCUCUUCGUGCUCGUUUGUGCCAUGUCCACGUCUCUCUCUCUCUCUCUGUCUUUGCGACUGCUUCGGUAGGGAAGAGUUUGGUUGAUUUGAUACCGAUGAACACUACAUAUGUUUUUCUGCAGGAUAUGUUUCAUCUUUUUGCAGAGAAAAAGGGAGAAAACAAAAAAAGAGUUUGAGUUGUCUCUCUUUCAAUCAGUCAGGCACCAAUCAUGUCGUGGUUUAUUGA